GAUAAUGUUUGAUUUAGGUGUCAGCGGACAGACCCAGACCCAGACACGAACCAGAACCAGAACCACAGAUCCCAGUGUUUCCAGCAGAGUAUCAGCGCGUGCGAAGGGCCGGAGCGUCCGGCGGGAAAAUGGCGAAGACGUACGACUAUCUGUUCAAGCUGCUGCUGAUCGGGGACAGCGGAGUGGGGAAGACCUGCCUGCUGUUCCGGUUCAGCGAGGACGCCUUCAACACCACUUUCAUCUCCACCAUCGGAAUCGACUUCAAAAUCAGGACGAUCGAACUGGACGGAAAGAAAAUCAAACUCCAGAUCUGGGACACAGCGGGCCAGGAGCGGUUCAGGACGAUCACCACGGCCUACUACAGAGGAGCCAUGGGCAUCAUGCUGGUGUAUGACAUCACCAACGAGAAAUCCUUCGACAACAUCAGGAACUGGAUACGCAACAUCGAGGAGCAUGCGUCCUCAGAUGUGGAGAGGAUGAUUCUGGGUAAUAAAUGUGACAUGAACGAUAAGAGACAAGUGUCCAAGGAGAGAGGAGAGAAGCUCGCCAUCGAUUACGGGAUCAAGUUCCUGGAAACCAGCGCCAAGUCCAGCCUCAACGUGGAGGAGGGAUUCUACACUCUGGGCAGAGACAUCAUGGCUCGACUCAACAGGAAGAUGAACGACAGCAGCCCAUUGGUUGGAGGAGGAGGUCAGGUUAAAAUCACUGAGUCUCGCUCCAAGAAGAACUUCUUCAGGUGUUCUCUGCUCUAGAUUUCUUCUUCUUCUGUUGCUCCCUGACGGCCCAAAUGCACUGAAAGAAGAAGAAGAAGAGGGAGGAGGGAGGAGGAG